AAAAAGUAAAAAUAAAAAAGUGAAAUGAGAGAGUAGAAUGAAUGAGUGAUAUUGAAGUGGCAGAGAAAAGCAACAGAAGGAGCAGUGUGUUCUUGGGUCAUUGUCACAUUAUACUACUUUGGUACCCAUCUUGGCUUGUUUCCUUUGUUUUCUUGGCAUUUUCCUCUUCUCACUUUCAUUUUGAUUUCAAGUUUCCAAUUCCCUCUCACUCUCCCAACCACUUCUCUCUAAUGGAUGCUACCUCACAACCUUUGAAGUAUCAGACAUGGUUCUUGAAGGUUUCUAUCCACUGUGAAGGUUGUAGGAGGAAAGUAAAGAAAGUUCUUCAGAGCAUUGAUGGAGUUUUUACAACAACAAUCGAUCCACAACAGAAUAAAGUAACAGUCACCGGAAAUGUUGCUCUCGAGACUCUGAUAAGGAAACUUGCCAAAGCUGGAAAACACGCCGAGGUUUUGCCGGAGAAUCUUCCAGGGAAAGUAAAGGACUCCAACAAAGCUAAAAACAACAAUAAGAGUGAACAAAAAAACCAAGAAACUCAGCAAAAGAAAGACCAUUGUUCUGCAAAUACUGAAUCCAACCUCAACUCUGCCAAAGACAAGGGAAUUGAAAAUGCUGAGAAGUGUAACGGUAAAAGCAAGAGUACUAACACAAAAACCAGUGCUGGCUCACCGGAGAAAUCUCCGGCUGGUGGUAAGGGGCAGGAAACAAAGAACAAGAGUGGUCAAAGUGGCGGAGGAGAUUCUGGUAAGAAGAAGAUGAAGAAAACUCAGAGUGGAACUGGAAGCAAUGGGUUGAGUUCAGCAUCUACCGGUGCACCUGCACACACUGGAGCAGAAUUCCAGUGUCCAGGUCAGGUUGUGGGGCAAGUGAAUCUCAGCCCUACACGUCAGCAAUCGUACAUGUUGUAUCCAGAAACAUGUUAUCCUCCUUUGGUACAAUAUGCAACUUACAACAGAUUAUGUCCCAUGGGAACAAUGGGUUGUCCUUCUUACUAUGUUCCACCAUUACCCUACAUGUGUGCAGGCCUUGAUCGUGACCCUUAUCAGUUUCAAUCUACACCUUUGAUUCCCUUUGAGUUCUUCAGUGAUGAAAAUGCAAAUGGGUGUUCUAUUAUGUGAUGUUGCAUUUUUUUUUUCUGAUUUUGUUUGUUCUGUUAUAGGAUAGUUUUGUUAUGGUAAUUUUGUAAUUGACACAAGUUUAGCUUAUAGUAUGUGGUUUAUGUCCUUAGUUUAGUCGGGGCUAAUUUUACAUUUAGAAGAUCUUAGUCUUAACACUGGAAAUGCUCUGCUCAUAGCUUUAGCUUAUUUUGAUUUUGGACUAAACUGUAAAUGAUGUUCUAAUAGCCUCUGGUGUUGCAUAAUCAUGUGUUAUGAUUUUAGUGUGUGUUUCAAA